AUGACAUUAAACAAGAAACCGGUUUUCUUUGAUGUGACACUUUACACACCUAUUUCUUCUUCGAAGCGGUCUCACCGAAUCAUCCAAUUAAGUAAUAAUUUGUUGGCUUUAUUAAUCUCAGACCCUUCAGAGACCAUAGCUUCAUGCGCUAUUUCGGUUGCAACUGGUUCUCAUAAUGAUCCACCGGAGCUUCCAGGUCUUGCGCAUUUCUGCGAACAUAUGGUUCUAUCUUCGGGGUCGAAGAAAUAUCCUGAGCCCAAUUUCUUCCAUGAAUCAUUAACCAGGAACAAUGGUUCGAAAAAUGCGCACACUACUGGGGAGCAGACAUCUUUUUACUUUGAAGUUCCUCAUACUACCUCAGCGGAACUGCAUGUAUUUGAGCAGCUAAUCGAUAUUCUUGCUGCGUCCUUCAAGGAGCCUGUAUUUCAUGACAUAUUGGUUAACAAGGAAAUUUAUGCCAUCCAUAGUGAGCAUAUGGGGAAUAAGUCCACGUUAUCCAAGAUGUUAUAUCAUGCUACGAGACUACUUGCCAAUGAGAAUCAUCCUUUCAGUCAUUUCUCGACUGGUAAUGUGUUCACGUUAACGAAUAUGCCUAGAGUAAAUAAGCUUAAUUUGAAGACAGAGUUGAUUAAAUACUUCAAGGAACAUUUCCGCGCUGAGAAGAUGGUGGUAUGUAUCAGAGGCUCUCAGUCGUUGAAUCAACUAAGCAAGUUGGCUCAGUUAAAAUUUGGUGAUAUUCCAGGAUCUGCUGCCGCUGGGUCACCGACUUCUUCUCCCUUGAAAUUAAAAUCUUGGCGAAGCUCGAAUUCCAUAACAAGCAGCGUAGAUACUUCCUCAACUUUGGCUAGCUUAGAUGAAUCCAGAAUUCUCAAGGAUACAUGGUUGCCCCGUUAUUCUAAGGAGCCUGUGUUCACCCCAAGGCCCAAAUAUAAUUCCAUGAUGAUACAGUCUAAAAAGCCGCCGGUGAUACGAUUUAUUUUCCCAGUUAACUAUCUUUCUACUAGAUUUACGGAUAAAGAAAUUGCCACAUAUACGAAGGCAUGGUGUGAUAUUAUAGGUGAUGAAGGAUAUGGGUCUUUUUGCCAUUUCCUCAGACAAAAUAACUAUAUUAGUGAUCUUUUGGCAUUUUCGUCUUCUUUUGCAGUGAAUGAUGAUGGAUUGAUUUUACAAUUGCAUUUAACCAAUUAUGGCUGGGCCAAUGUAUCCAUUAUUGUUCCUUUGUUUUGGAAGUACACAGUUAACACAAUUUUGGACACUUCUUUAUCGAAAAUAGGUCAAUAUUUAAGUGAAUUAAAUUCCAUCGAUCUUUUGAAGUUUCUUUACCAAGACGUGGAAAGAUCACCAAUGGAACGUUGUGCAGAGCUAUGUGAUCAAUUGAUGCAGGAUCUAUCUGUGGUACCGCCGCCAUUCAUUUUGAAAACAUCGGGGCUUAUGUUUGAUUGUAAUGAUCCCCGUAUUCAAAAGAUUGGUAGCUACUCUGAGUCACAAAACUCAACGGAUUGGUGGAGGGGCCAAGCAAUUAAAUUCCAGACAUUUGUUAAAGAAUUUACAACAAUAGAAAACGUUAAGAUGAUAAUGCUUGGACCUCUUUCCAAAUGCCCUUUCUAUUCAAAUAGUAUGCAACUAACCGCUGAUACCCAUUACGAAUAUGACUACUUGAAAGCAUACAUUGAAAUAACAGAACUAGAAGCUAUUGAUAAUGAAUAUGAAUUUCAUAUUCCUUCCCCAAAUCAGUUUUUAGUUCCUGUUGGUCACAAGCUUUCAUACAUCAAGAAAGCGCUUUUGGCAGCGUCUGCCCAAUCUGAGAAUUCGUCGUUAUUCAUAGUUACACAAUCAGACUUACUACAAACCACUCCCAGCUUGGCUGGUAAAAAUGCCUUUUACGAGCUGUGGACCAAAGAGGAAGAUAUAAAUCUAUCCUUCAAAUCCAAGAGCAUUGUCAGCCUGGAGGUCAUUAGUACAACCUUAAAGCCCGCGCCAGAAUAUACAAUGCAACUUGAAAUUUUAGGGCAGUUACUCUUUUCAAUCAUAUCUCCAGUUCUAUAUCCAGCAGAACGUGCAGGCUAUACAUACGAGCUUUCCUUAUCAUCCAAGGGAGAUGUUAGACUUGGAAUCACCUUGUCUGGAUUUACAGAAGGUAUCAUGGGGAUCUUGAAUAUUAUACUUGACUCUUUGCUUGAGCUUGGGGAAGAUUCGGUGGAAAUUUCCAAAGGAAUGUUUAGGAGAGCAAGAGUUAUGGUGAGGACUAAGUAUGAAGAGGCUGCAAGUGAAAAUUGUGCCACCCUUGCAAGUUUAGGUCUUUUAAUUGUUUUAGAAGGCUGUAUGUGGACUUUAGAGGACAGAUUAAAUGCUCUGGAAGAUAUAGACAUGGAGUCUUUUGUCCAGUUCAUGAAACUUUUCAUUAAUGGAAGAAAUUAUUUAAAUUUAUUGGUCCAAGGGUCAGAUUUAUCGCUCGCAGACAAGGUGAAUGAUUGUGUGGAUGCCAAACUAACGCAUCAUAUGUCCAGUUUAGAAACCGGCAAGAAUAUCUUAGUUGAGCCUACUACUCACUUCAUACCUCGAGGGAGUAACUUAUGUGUGAAGAAAUCGGGGUCUCAUGACGAUCCAAACAAUAGUAUUGUCUAUUUUAUUCAAACGGGUACUAGAGAUAACAACUACGCAUAUACCUUAACUGUUUUUACAGAGUUUUUAAUGUCUAUGACGCUGGUGCCCGAUUUAAGAGGAAAGAAACAGAUUGGUUACGUUGUAUUAGGUGGUCUCAGGGUACUCUCCGAUACUGUAGGAUUGCAUAUUACAACAAUGUCAAGCAAUCCACCCGAAUAUUUGGAGAAAAAGAUCGAUGAAUAUCUAUCUUAUUUAGAAAGUAUGGUGCUUAUGAAAUUGAACAAUGAGCAAUUCAAGAUGAAUUAUUUGAAUAAAUUCCUCCGAUUAGUUGAAAGUAACUCUUUAAGCAAGAUUGAGAAAACAUCAGGUCCCGCAAACCUAAUGAGUCAAAUUGAAGCUAACGUUCGCAGUGGAAGCCAAAACGGCAGUAUGGCAAUGAAAUCUCAUAAGCGCAUAAGAAAUCAAAUAAGUUACAGAAGAUACAAUUUCGAAGAGGAAGAUGAACCUAUCAAUGCGAAAACUAUUAGAAAUUUGACCCUAAGAGAGUACAUGGCAUUUUUCCAUGAAAAGAUUAGCGUUUACUCGAAGAGCAGAGCCAAAAUGUCAGUCAUGGUUACAAGUCCAAUGAGUAAAGAUGAAGUUCAAAGUAAAAUGAUGUUUUUACAGAUAGAAUCCUUCUUGAAGAUGAAGGGAUUCAAUAUCCCAAGUGAAGAUCUUAAAAGCAUAAUAGUAAAAUCUGGUGGGAAACCAACUGUCUUGUUAAAGCAUCUUUUCAGCUACUUCAGAGUUCGGGGAGAAAGCAUAAAGUUAUUAACAGCUAUAGUCAAGGAAAUUGUGAAACAGGCAAGCAACAAACCCCCAGGUUCCGCUGCUAAGACUAGUGCUACCCCUACAGGUACGUCUGGGACUCUGCAAGCGAUGAGCCAAACUGUAGCACCUGCGGUUCCUUUGAUAGAAGUCACAGACGUGAAUUCCUACCGCGUAUAG